AUGUCACACGACGAAGCCUCUCCUUUGCUGUCCUCGGCAAAGAAAGGCAAAAACACUGACCUCGGCCCCCAAGAGUCGGCUGAGUCGACGCCUUUACUCUCCAGCAGCUCUGCGACAGUGGGGUACGAUGGCGACAGCGCCGAGCGAGAGGAUGAUAAUGCCUCGAUACGAUCCCGCCAGAGCCACCCGUCCUCAACCCAUAGUACCAAGAAGAAGCUACGAAGAUGGCCUUCGUUCGUGGCUAUGGGAAUAUUAGGUUGUUUUGUUAUCGCAAUCAUUGUGCUUGCCUUCAUCGUACCCGAUGCGGUGCAAGAAUACGCCCAGCAAGCUGCUGUUAUCGAGCCCACGAGCUUGUCGAUCGACUCUAUUACCACCGACGGAGUUCGCGCCCGUAUACAGGCGAAUUUUCAGCUUGAUGGCUCAAGGGUUAAAAACGACAAUGUGCGCAGGAUUGGCAAAGCUUCUACUUGGGUUGCUAAUCAGCUUGGGAGCGACGCGGCCAAGAUCGAUGUCUAUGUGCCUGAUUAUGACAAUAUCCUGCUUGGUUCUGCUACUAUACCACCGCUAGUCGUCAGUCUCAGAGAUGGAAUUAUGACGCAAUUUGAUUUCAUUGCAGAUAUACACCCUGGGAAUGUCGAGGGGUUGCGUACGAUUGCAAAUGAUUGGCUGGAUGGAAAACUCGACAACCUGCGUCUAAACGGCAAGACUGAUCUAAGCCUUAAGUCAGGCUUUAUUCCUCUCGGAACACACACAGUCUCCGAAACUCUGAUUUUUGAAGCAAAUAAAAUUCCUGUCAUCCCAAAAUACAACAUAACACGUUUCAACGUUGAAGAUGGUCCCAUAGAGGGUUCCAUUCUUGUUGAUAUGUCUCUUUCAACAUUCAAUGAGUACCCGAUUGAGCUUGACAUUCCGGAGCUCGCAUUUGAAAUCAUGGUUCCUGGGUGUGCAGACACGGACCCCUUUAUUAUUGUAGCGGAGGCUUCUACCGGAAAGCUCCAUAUAGAGCCAGUGUCAGAGGUAUUUGCGAGUGUUUACGGGGUGAUCCACGAGCUCCCAGAUUCUUUAACACGCGUCUGUCCGGAUUCCUCCUCGUCACCUUUGGAUAUGUUCUUGAAACAGUACAUGCACGGAGAGCCCGCCACGUUAUUCGUUCGUGGCAGUAGUCGCCCGGACGGUGACACUCCCAAAUGGAUUGCCGACAUCUUAGCCAGCGUAACCGUCCCAGUUCCCUUCCCCGGAAGGACACUAGACGGCAUGAUCAGGGAUUUCUCUUUAACUGAUGUCCACUUUACUUUGCCUGACCCUUUCGCUGAUCCAGAUGAUCCUGACGCGAGCCCCAAGGUUUCAGGAAAUAUCUUGGUUACUGCCAGCAUUCCAUCUGACAUGAACCUUGCCAUCAAUGUCACCAAUGUACGGGCUACUGCUGAUGUUAUAUAUAAAUCCAAGAAAAUGGGCGAGCUCAAUCUGCGGAAGUGGCAACAUGCUAACUCGACAAGGGUUGAUGGCAAAGGGAAAGACGGGCCAAGUCUGAAGAUCGAAUCUCGCAUAAUCGAAGCCCCUCUCAACAUAACUGAUGCCGACGUUUUCUCCGAUGUUGUGCAAGCGCUCCUAUUUGGAAACAAGCCUAUUUCGCUUGAUAUUCAAGCUCUUGUUGAUGUUAAAGUGGACACCUCACUAGGAGAACUCAUUUUAAAGGAGGUCCCUGCCGAGGGAAAAGUGCCAGUAAAACCCCUUCCCAAAGGAGCGAUUGACGACGUCAACCCCAAGAUCAGCUCAUUGAAAGUGGUCGACAGUUCUGCAGAUUCCCUUACUCUGCAAGCUUUGGUUAACGUGACCAAUCCUUCUGUAUAUACAGCUUACAUUCCAUUUAUCAAUGUCCAUCUAGUUGCCAACGGUACAGUAUUAGGAGAUGGCACAAUUAGGAACGCCCAUAUUCAAUCGGGUAUGAACACCAAUAUAGUCGUCACUGCCACUUGGAGCCCAGCGAAAGACGGCCCACAUAGCCGGGGAGUUGGGCGAGACCUAGUCUCUCAGUAUCUCUCAGGGUUCAACACGAGCAUCACUGUGAAACCACACCUGAAUACCAUACCAGGCCAACCCAUUCUCUGCAAAGCACUUUCACAUUUCAAUGCGACAUUUGCCGUUCCUCGGCUGAGGCUCCCCGGCGACUCACCCGGCGAAAGCUCUCAUUUUAUCAGAGAUGCGACUUUCCACUUCUUAUCGUCAACCGCUACGUUUACACUCGUAUCUCCUUUAAAAUAUGAUACAAUAUAUCUAGACUUUGUUAACGCUACUGCCUUAUACAACCAUACUGAACCAAUAGGCCGUAUUCUUUACGACCUCCCAUUCGCAGCUCCUCCUGGAAUUUCACAGACUCCUCGGCUACCCGUUGUGUGGUCACUAGACUCAGUCGGGUACGAUGCCGUCCGUAAGGCAGUCGGUGGUAAAUUGCAACUAGAUGCCCGCGCUACUGUUGAUGCUCGGCUAGGCAAUUGGAAGGAGUCAUUUUGGUAUCACGGGAAAGGCAUUGGUGCCAGUGUACAUCUGACAUAA